GAUGCGCGUCAGGGGACCAAGGCAGCCAAUCUGCUCGUGCGAGAGAACGAUUGUAACUCACCAGGUUGUGUCUCGAGCUCUUUCUUUCCCAACCGACCCUGGAUCUGCUGACUCAGUGCCUUAAAGCUGCUUCUCUCUUUCCACAGGAGCACAGCUGAAAGACUUGCCUUCAUUUCGAAGUGUUACUGCGCCAACGACAGCAAUGGCUAAAACCGCAGUUGCGUACAAAGAGAAGAUGAAGGAGCUGUCGGUUCUCUCCCUCUUCUGCUCCUGCUUCCACCCUGAAACCCCCAACAAAUUGGUUUGUGAAUUUGAAGACAUGGAGGUGAAGCCCAUCAAUAAGAGAGCCUCAGGCCAAGCCUUCGAGGUGAUCCUGAAGUCUCCCUCCCCAGUGUCGGACACAGCCCACAGCAUCACCUCGCCCCCCAAAAAGGACGUCUCUCUGGGGGACAUCCAGAAGAAGCUGGAGGCGGCCGAGGACCGCAGGAGAUCCCAGGAGGCACUGCUUCGGAAGUCACUGGCAGAGAAACGUGAGCAUGAGCGGGACGUCCUGCUCAGGGCCGUGGAGGAGAACAACAACUUCAGCAAGAUGGCGGAGGAGAAGCUGACUCUGAAGAUGGAGCACAUCGAGGAGAACCGCCAGGCUUUCCUGGCAGCCAUGAUGGAGCGCCUGCAGGAGAAGGAGAAGCAUGCCGCUGUGGUCCGCAGGAACAAAGAGCUACGGGAGGAACUGACAGCAUGAGCCUGGUCAUCACCAUGUCCGCCCCCACCCCUGCACCUACUCCCUCUCCCACUCCUGCUAUUUCAUUGUAAGAUACAAGCCUUGGGUACCCAGAAGGCAGAGGACAGCACUGCCCCCUCCACACUGUCAGCAUUAAUCAAACCAAAAACAACAAAAAACAUGCUCCGUCAAUGGGAAUGAUUUGCUUGAUUCUAAAAAGAAAAAGUACACUUCAGUAUUGUUUUGUAUAUACUUAUUUUUUGUUAUAUAUACAUAUAUCUAUAUAAGGCAACAAGAGCAUUAUUUAUUAAUUUGAUUAUGGGGUUCUAAAAAACUGCAAGAAUUUCUCUGGUUACAGGCUUUGGUGUUGUGAAUUGGCAGUUAGUUGGCAUUUGAGCUGUAUUUGAUCUGUAUUUGAUUGAACAUGUCUGUUUCUGUGUCAUGGAUGCAAAAGGUUGGUGCACUCAGGCUCCAGGUACAGUAGAUGUAGGCAUCAGGUGUCUGGUUUAGUAUAUACAAAUCCCUCACUCCUCUCUCUUAUACACACACAUACACACACACAUAUGUGUACACAUACACACACACACACACACACACACACACAUACAGACAUAUGUGUACACAUACACGCACACACACACACACACAUACACACACACACACACAUAGGUGUACACAUACAUGCACACACACACAUAUGUGUACACAUACAUGCACACACACACACACACACAUACACAAGAUUUCCUCCCCUUCGUGUCACUCUCUUUAAGAAUUUCAGGUCAUGCACUGGCUUUGCUUGCUGUUUAUCAAUCACUAGAGGAAAGUGAUUUCCAGCCGAUGAUGUGUGUCUUGCAUGUCUUUCCAAGACUGGCUUUCUGAAUUUCAGAUUUGUCAGUCAAUAUGGACAUAUUCCUUGGCACCAGUUCAUUGCAAAGGUGUUUCUACUUUUAAACUGUAUACAUGGUAAACAUUUAACUGCAAAUAUUCUUAUAUAUCUCCCCAGAACAAGUGAAUUUCUCUAUGUAUCAUCCUUAGGAUCAGGUCUGUGGCAUUUUACUGUGAAUACAAGGGCAGGUGAGCACAAAAUGGAAAAUGAACAUGAAUUACUAUGAGCAGUAUUUGAAUUAUUAUUUGUAAAAUGUAGGAUGGACACAACAGCACCUCCAUACUCAUUUCCAAAAGGCAGCACUACAGAGCCACAGUCGACACAGAACUAAAGAACCUAAAGUACAGUAUGACGUCUUUGCUUGCGCAAUGUCCUGUUAUCCCUUUAAUUGUACGCGUGUUUGUGUGUAUGUAUGUAUGUUUGUCUGGGGAUCAUGUAUCCUGUAUCUUUGGACACCAAGUGGGGGUUGGUGCAGUGUUGUACCUCCAAUACACUUCAAAACUUCCCGUUGAAUUUGUUGGAAGAAUCUGUUUGCCUGCAUCAUCUGCCUCCUGUUUGUGUAUCCCCACCCCCUUUCCCUCCUGUAUAUCGCUGUGAGCAAGCUAUGGUGAAUAAAGGUCAAGGGUUCUGUGAAGGAGAA